CCCUUCGCUUUUUUAACUCGUACUGUGUGAGUUAACGGCAAUUUUCCCGUGGGGUAUUCGGUGUUGGAAUUAAAAAAAGAGAGAGAAAUGGACUACUCGAUGUCAGGAGGGAGGCAGCGUAAGUUUGGCUGGUGUUGAUUUGUUGCUGUGUCCUGCACAACCAGUAACCUCUUCUUUCCUUGUAUCUAAUUUCCCAGGUCCGUGGCCGUAGGGUAGUUGGUGGUGGUCCUGAGACUGCAUCUACCACUAACGCGGGCAGCAUGUACGACAACCAUUAUGACCCAUAUGGGCAACCACAAGGCCAGCAGCCUCCGCCACAGCUAUUUGAGGAUACCAGUGGUCAGAAUUAUGGAUAUGGAAACCAAGGUGAGGGAGCUGCCGGUUACAGAGGGAAUAACUAUGGGUAUCCCCAAGGGGGUGGGCCACCACCUUCAGGAGCUCAAGGUGGUAAUGCCCAAGGGGGGGCGGGAUACCCUCAGUACCCAGGUAUGCCAGGACCACAGAUUUUCCAGGACCCUAUGGUAGCUAAUAUGGCCAUGCAGUAUGGCCAGAGUUUGGUGGGUCAAGGGCGAGAGUAUGUGGACAAGAAGUUGGAGAAAUAUGUCUCCAUGACCCAAAUAAAGUAUUAUUUCGCUGUCGACACACGCUAUGUCAUGAAGAAGCUGCAACUGCUGUUUUUCCCCUUCACACACUCGGACUGGAGUGUACGCUACAACCAAGAGGAGCCAGUGCAACCCCGCUAUGAGAUCAAUGCUCCAGACUUGUAUAUUCCUUUAAUGGCUGUUGUAACUUACAUCUUAGUGGCUGGUCUCUGUCUUGGCCUUCAGGAGAGUUGCCGGGACUGCAGUGUGAAGAACAUCAGGUUUUCUCCUGAUGUACUGGGCAUGCAGGCAAGCUCAGCAAUGGUCUGGCUUGUGCUUGAGAUCUUCUUGAUUUUGGCCACACUCUAUGUUACAGCCAUAAGUACAAAUAUCAAGACUCUUGACCUCUUGGCUUUUUCAUCAUACAAAUAUGUUGGGAUGAACAUUGCCCUGCUGGCUGGGAUAGUUGAUGACCUUGGAUACUACCUUGUCCUUGCCUACAGUAGCUUCAGCCUUGUAAUUUUCAUGUUCCGAACCUUACGAUGGCAGGUCCAAGGAGGUGAUGGAGCCAUGGAAGCUUACAGUGCGGGUAAUAAGCGUCGCCUCUACCUCUUGCUGUUUAUGUCAGGCCUUCAGCCACUCAUGAUGUGGUGGCUCACUAGACACCUGGUGGUUGACUAAACAACAUAGUGAUAAGGCUUUUCUUUUUGCUGUAUAUUUGCAGCAUUAGUCACACUUAUCUGCUACAUCAUUGAAUAUCAUGAGUUGUGUGUGUUGGUUACUCAGAUAGAACUGCUAAAUGGUUGUAAAUAGAAACUAAGGAGGAGAAAUUGUGUCCUUCUAACAUAUAAUGGGAAAUAGGCAUAUUUGCUUCCUAAUACUUUUAUAUAUUAUAAUUUCUUUUUUUUUCUCUCCAAGUUAUUGUGGUUAUGUUUCAGACAUCUUUCUAAAGGUUUAUGAUUUGUUACCCUUAUUACCUCUGGUGUAUAUACUUGUUUGCUUUUCUCAGCAACACUUGGUAAAAUAAUAUUUAGAAUAACAGUAGCUGCCCAUUCUUAAUAUCUCUCCCAAUUGUUUCAUGCCAGAGCACAGUGAACAAAUCUGGUUUAAUGGUUGGAGGCUCUUUGUGGGCAUGAAUAAGAUCUGAGGUUUUGCGUGGCAGUUUAGACUUACUUUGUGCUUAGCAGUAUUCAGUCUGAUGGUGGAUAAAGGAGAUACCACUCUUUAAGCAACUUUGAUAUUAUGUAUAUACACACAUUUCUUUAUAAUCCAGGUGUCCAUGCAAUGCUUGUUCACGUAUAUUGGUGAGGAUUUUUAUGGAGACUGAAAUAAGUGUUAUGAAUUUGGAUAUUCUUCCAGUGACUAUACUAGUGAUAUUUUUUGUAUGGGCAAGUGUUUUGUUAAUUUUGUGGAUGUAUACCUGCAUUGCAAGUUAUAGUGCCUAAAAUCAUUUUACAAAAGUGAUAAGGCUUCAAAGGCUGAAACUAAUUGUUUUAGGCUAGAGCUUACUAUUUUGUAAUAAAAAUAAAAAAUACAAAUUUC